GCUCUGUUGGCCAGCCUGAUGGACGCGUCGGUUCUCAGGCAAAACGACACUGGCGACUUUACUACCCAGUGUACCGCCUUCGCCGACACCCUCCAGAGCAGCCUGGGCAACAGCAACAAUGCCACGGUCUGGUUCACCCAGCCUGUCGCCGCCGGCACGAACCUCUCCCUUCCUGACUAUGACCCUACCUGCGGUGACCAGUGGCAGGUCGUGGCCGUGGACAUGUGCCGUGUCGCCAUGUUGGUGCCCACGUCCGACCGGUCCAACAUCAGCAUGGAGGUGUGGCUGCCCACCAGCGAGGCCUGGACAGGUCGUUUUCUGAGCACAGGCAACGGUGGCCUGUCGGGCUGCAUCCAGUACUACGAUCUGGCGUAUACAGUCGACUUGGGCUUCUCUACGGUGGCCACCAACAACGGGCACAACGGCACGAGCGGCGAGGCCUUUUACGACAACGACGAGGUGGUCGAGGACUUUGCCUGGAGGGCCCUGCACACGGGCGUGGUGUUUGGCAAGGAGGUUUCGCAGCUCUUCUACGGACAAGAGCACAACAAGUCGUACUACUUUGGCUGCUCGACCGGCGGGCGGCAAGGGUUCAAGGAGGCCCAGGACUUCCCAGACGACUUUGACGGAUGGGUCGUGGGAGCCCCCGCCCUCGCCUUUGCCAACCUGAGCUCCUGGAGCGGCUCGUUCUUUGCCGAGGAGGGCACCACCAACGCGUCGACCUUUGUGCCCCUCGACAUGUGGCCCGUCAUCCACGAUGACAUCCUGGACCAGUGCGACGGCCUGGAUGGCUAUGUGGACGGCAUCAUCGAAGACGCCGGCAUCUGCCACUACAACGUCAGCGACGCCAUCCUCUGCUCGUCCUCCUCUGCUGCCAAUGCCAGCACCGCCUGCUUGACAGAUGUCCAGGCCAACACGGUCCGCAAGAUUUUUUCGCCCGUCAUCAACGACGAGGACGGCAGUUUGGUGUUUCCGGCUAUGCAGCCCGGCUCGGAGCUUGAGGCAGCGUACAUCUACUACACGGGCUCCGCCUUCAUCUACACCUCGGACUGGUACCGCUACGCAGUCUACGACGACCCAACCUGGAACCCCGCGACGCUGAGCUCGGCAGACUACACCGCCGCCUCGCGCCAGAACCCCUUCAACAUCCAGACGUGGAACGGCAACCUGUCUGCCGUGCAGAGCAAGGGGUCCAAGAUCCUGCAGUACCACGGCCAGCAGGACCCCAUCAUCACCAGCUACAACUCCCCGCGGUACUACGAGCACGUCUCACAGACCAUGGGGCUGAACGCGUCCCAGCUCGACGACUUUUACCGCUUCUUUCGCAUCAGCGGCAUGGGCCACUGCAGUGGCGGGCCGGGCGCCACUUUUAUCGGCCAGGGCAUCACCAGCAACGCGACCCUGGACCCGGAGGGGAAUGUGCUGACGGCCAUGGUGCGCUGGGUUGAGGAGGGCGUUGCGCCGGAUACGAUCCUGGGCACGGCGUAUGUGAAUGAGUCGCAGGCUACGGGCGAGGUUGCGUUCCAGAGGAGGCACUGUCGGUAUCCGUAUCGGAACGAGUACUCUGGAUCGGGGGAUCCGACGGACCCGGACAGUUGGAACUGUGUUUGAAGGGAGGGAUGAAUCUAGCUUCAUAUAACAAUGUAAAUAAGUAGGAUACGCUGAAAGUAAAUUGACUUUGACCC